AUGGCCUCUGUCAACGAAAAUUCGGCCCGAUUUGUUCAUUCGCCUCAAGGAUGUUCAACGAAUCCUCCAGCCUUGAUAAAAACUGAUCUUAAAGAAAACGCAAGGGAAAAUGCUCACCAAAGCCAUGAUGUUACUGGGUAAGUUGAGAAAAACUUUUUGAUAUCACUAAGAAAAAACUUUUGCUUUAUGAAUGCCGUCAGUGUCAACGCAAUGUCAAUUUCUGUAAAUUUUGAGGUGAAAUCUUUCUGAUGACCCAUUUUCAACAAUAAAAUAAUUUAUUAUGGCAAGGCGUGAUGUCGUAUUUUACAAUUCUAAGAUUACGGACAACCUUCUGUAAAACGAAUCGCAAGUGGCUAAAAAAUUUAUUUGUUAUAGAAAGGUGUCGUUAAACGGAGGUUUUGCUGACUUUUGUGACGGUCAAACUGUUCGUUAUACAAAUUUUUGUUAUAUGGAGUUUUUGUUGCACGAAAGUUUGUUGUACAGAGAUUUCAUCUACAAAAUAGCACAAUCCCCCUAUUUCAUCCAACUCUGUACAACAAACCCCCAUACAACAAAAACUGUCUAAAGCGAACAAUUUCACAGAUCGUCAAGAUCAAAAUAAACCUCCGUACAACAAAAAUUUUCUAUAAAGAAUAAAUUUUUCGGUCCCUUGCGGUUCGUUGUACAAAGGUUUCUGCUAUAUUUUUACUUUAUUUCCAAUGUCAUUUCAAUUCUUCUCUAAUCGUCCCUUUACUCUAUAAUAAAGACCUAAUACAAAUAAAUUUUUCUUUUCAGUCCCCAAAAAUACACUACCAUCCACACAGAAACCACAACCAUCGUCAUGCCUGUCCCUCAAGAAGGGGUGAGAAUGAUUUUUUACGACGACCCAGCUUCAUCGUCAUCCGAAGACGAAGCCUCGAUAAAAUCGUCGUCAGAGUCGGAAAGUGAGACCUCGGAUUUUACGGAUUCAGAGUCCGAUUCUUGUAGUUCGCCGCAGAAAAAGAUGAUCAAGAGAUCGUGA